UCUGCAUGGGUCGACGCAUGCGCGUCGUUCAGUCCCUGGCCAUUGCAGCUGUUUGAGGGUUGGUUUUGUAUAUGUUAUCUCUGGUUAAUAAAAACGUAAACAAAACACGGUAAAAUGACCGACAAAUACGAUUCGAACGAAGAUUACGGUUCGUACGGUGAAAACGCUAAAAGAAAAAGUGCAGGUGACAAGGGACCGGACUCCAUAGAUUUGGACAACGAUGAAUCAAAUCCAGCCAACAAUAAAGCCGGGGAAUACGUACGGGAGCUCUUGGCAGAGAAAAUAUCGAUUGAUCAAAAUAAAUUGCCAAAUGCAACAAGACUUAUAGACCAAGAAAUUUCAAAAACGCAACAAAUAGGAAAAGCCCCCCUUAAAGAAGUAAAAUACGUAGACAUUUACCGGGAAAAGCCAAUAAAAGUAACCGUAAAAGUAUUAGUACCAGUAAGAGAACACCCUAAAUUUAAUUUCGUCGGUAAACUAUUGGGACCAAAAGGCAACUCGAUGAAGCGCCUUCAAGAGGAAACGAUGUGCAAGAUGGCCGUGCUUGGCCGCGGGUCCAUGAAGGACCGGCAGAAGGAAGAGGAGCUGCGCAACUCGCUUGACCCUAAGUACAGCCAUCUAUCGGACGACUUGCACGUGGAAAUAUCCGCGCUGGGACCACCUGCCGAGGCGCAUGCGCGCGUCGCCUUCGCCCUCGCCGAAGUGCGAAAGUACCUGAUUCCGGAUAACAACGACAACAUACGGCAAGAACAGAUGCGCGAGAUGGAAAUUAUGACGUCGGUGGAACCCCCGCCAGAGGAGAGAAGGGAGAGGAGAACCACGUCGUCGAUUUUAAGAUAUGAGGAUGAGCCUUCUAUUCCAGGGCCGAUGCCCAGGCCUGUAAGGCCUAAUGUUUUAGGACGUGUUAUUAAUCCUCAUCCUCCUGUUUCUCGUUCUGUUCUUCGUCAAGGACCCGCUGUUAUUUUGCACUCAAAAUCGUCGGAACCUGCUUCCGUAUCCCUGGCGCGCCCCUCACUGAGCAUGCGCAGCGCAAGCCGAACGCCGGUGUCGACACCUCGCGUCAUGCCCGCCAAAACGAAGAUAAUGUCGAUCUUGGACAGAGCGCGCAUCGCUAUGGAGGAGAGCUACGGCUACGACGACGACCCCUACGAACCCUCCUCACCCGCCUACGAACCGGUGUACACCUCUUCAGUAAGUCAUUCCAGAGGAUACUCAUCGUCGGCUUACCACGACGCUGACUACGAUUCACCUCACGCGGAGUAUUACAGGGAGAGCAGCAGUUCUUCUUACGAACCCUCUUCUCACCGUUGGAAGUAUAAAUCUACGAGUUCGAGUUCGUCCGCUGCCCGACACAGUGAAAGUUCUCGAUACAAAACUUCGCCCUAUACCAGACCCUCAAAAUAA